GGCGGGCCCAGCGCGGCUCCCGGAGCGCGGCGGGAGCAGCAGCGGCGGCGGCGGCCGCGAGUCCCCCGGCGGCGGCGGCGAGGAGGGGCCGCCCGCCCGCCGCUACAAGGAGCCGCGGGCGCUGCGCUAUGGGCAGGAGGAGCCGGCGGGCAGCCGACAGCUCGUCCUCAGGAGACGAGGAGGAAUAUGUGGUGGAGAAGGUGCUGGAUCGGCGCGUGGUGAGGGGCCAGGCCGAGUACCUGCUCAAGUGGAAGGGCUUCUCCGAGGAACACAACACGUGGGAGCCCGAGAAGAACCUGGACUGCCCCGAGCUGAUCUCGCAGUUCCUGCGCAAGGACCGCAGGAUGAGGGACGGGGACGGCGGGACCCGGCCCCGAGAGCGCCCCGAGGGCGCCAAGAGGAAGGGGCUGCCCGGCAACGGCAACGGCAGCGAGGACGGGCGGGCCAAGAAGAAGAGGGAGAGCAACGACAUCGCCCGCGGGUUCGACCGGGGGCUGCAGCCUGAGAAGAUCAUCGGGGCCACCGACUCCUGCGGGCAGCUCAUGUUCCUCAUGAAGUGGAAGGACACGGACGAGGCCGACCUGGUUCUGGCCAAGGACGCCAACCUCAUCUGCCCCCAGAUCGUCAUCGCCUUCUACGAGGAGCGCCUGACGUGGCACCCCUACCCCGAGGAGCCCGAGGGCAAGGAGAGGGACCCCCCCCGCAGCUAAACCCACCCCCCCACUGUACAUAGCCCCCCCCAGACCCCCCCGAGCCCCUCUGUCCCCCCCCGUGUCCCCAAGGGCCCGCUUUGUGUGUCCCCCCCCCCUCCCCGCCAACCCCCCCCCUUGGGGACAGGGGAGGUGCCCCCCCCCCUCACACACACACACAGAUAGAGGGGGGUCUCUCCUCUCUGGGGGGGGUCCCCGACCUUGUCACACACCCCCCCCUCCAAGGUGGGUUUGGGGGGUUUUUCCUGAGUUUUGGUGUUUUUUUCUAAAGUCGGUGUUUUUAGCCGGGGACCCCCCCGGGGUGUCCCCAUGUCGUCCCCUCCCCUUCCCCCCCCAAAAAUGUCCACCCCUGUGUCCCCCCUUCCCCCCCCACCCCGUGUUUUUUCCAUCCCCCCCCCAGGAUUUGCUUCCAAUAAACGGUCACUUUUCA